GUCGGCCAAGGCACACUUGGGAUAGGUCGUCUGGGACGCGGAGACGGGUGCGCGGCGCGGCGGCGACGGGACCGGGGGUGACGCGGGGAGCCCGGCCUCCGGACGAAGACUGGCCAGAGGGGCAGCGAGGGUCGCAGCCAGAGUCGGAGCCGGCGGCGUCCGCUGAGGAGACCGAAGCUCUAAAGGCCGGCCCUGGAGGGGAACGCCAGAGAUGGACCUCGUGAGACUCUCGCGGCUCUUCUCUGGCCCCCGCCCCAUGGGAUGGGCCGUCCUGCAGCACCUUGACCCCCUCAGAGCCAGGUGGGCCGGAGGCCGGGAGGGGCCCACGUGGCCGAGGGCCGCAGGGCUGAUUCGGCUAGUGCCAGCCCCCUUCAGCAGCUCCCUCUCUCGGCUGCCCCUCGGCCCGCGGAGCCAGAAGAACACAGGCAGCCUGAGCUCUGACCCAGGCCAGCCCAGCCCCACGGCCACCCAGGAGGAAGGGGAGGAGGAGAGCUUUGGGACUCUUUCCGACAAAUACUCCUCCCGGAGAAUGUUCCACAAAUCGACGGCCCAGUUGUAUAACCUGCGGCUCAAGGAACAGAGUGUUGAAGAAGAUGAGGAAGGGGAGCUGCAGCCAGAAGCAUGGCAGGGCCCGAGAAACACCCCUUACUGGUACUUCUUUCAGUGCAAACGCCUGAUCAAGGAAGGAAAGCUGGCCGAGGCCCUGGACCUGUUUGAGAGACAGAUGCUGAAGGAGGAGCGACUCCAGCCCCUUGAGUGCAACUACACCGUGCUGAUCGGGGGCUGCGGGCGGGCCGGCUACCUGAGGAAGGCCUUCCAGCUCUACAAUGACAUGAAGAAGCGAGACCUGGAGCCCUCAGAUGCCACCUACACAGCCCUGUUCAACGUCUGCGCUGAGUCCCCCUGGAAGGACUCCGCUCUGCAGAGUGCCCUGAAGUUACGGCAGCAGCUUCAGGCCAGAAACUUCCAGCUCAACUUGAAAACGUACCACUCCCUGCUGAAGAUGGCCGCCAUGUGCGCAGACCUCAGGAUGUGCCUGGAUGUGUUUAAGGAAAUCAUCCAGAAAGGACAUGCGGCCACAGAGGAGACCUUCAGUUACCUGCUCAUGGGCUGCAUCCAGGACAAGAAAACGGGUUUCCGAUAUGCCCUGCAGGUGUGGAGGCAGAUGCUGAGCCUGGGGCUCCGGCCGAGCCGGCACGGCUACAACCUGCUGUUGGGGGCAGCUCGGGACUGCGGCCUGGGGGACCCGGCGGUGGCCUCGGCGGUGCUCCUGCGGCCCAGGGAGGAGAUGGUCCUGCUCCAGCCCCCGGCAGGCGGGCGGCAGGCAAGGAGGAGAGACGGGGUCGGGGCGGACGAUCGCCUGUCAGCCUGGCUGCACGUGGAGGCCCUGGAGAGGCAGCUGUUUCUAGAACCUUCUCAGGCACUUGAGGGGCCUCUGGAGCCUCAGGAGGCUGGAGCCCCCGGCAAGGCCCAGCCUGGGGUGGAAACCAAGGCGGAGGCUGACCGCGCUGUGGCCCUCCCCUCUGCGGCCCCGGAGCCGCCUCCCUGGGGGCUGGAGGCCAACCUCCUGACCCCGGGGGCGGUCCCCUCGGCUGUGGUCUCCUUUGGGACCGUGACCACUCCAGCUGACAGGCUGGCCUUGAUGGGGGGCCUGGAGGGCUUCCUGGGAAAGAUGGCGGAGCAUGGGCUUCGGCCCGACAUCAAAACCCUCACGCUGCUGGCGGAGGUGGUGGAGCCCGGCAGCGCCGCAGAGUCCUCGCUGCUGACCGUCUUGGACGCGCACCAAGUGGAGGCCGACCUGACCUUCUUCAACACGCUGAUGAGGAGGAAGAGCAAGCUGGGCGACCUGGAGGGGGCGAAGGCACUGCUGCCAGUCCUGGCAAAGAGGGGAAUCGUCCCCAACCUGCAGACAUUCUGCAACCUGGCCAUCGGGUGCCGCAGGCCAGGGGAUGGCCUGCAGCUGCUUGCAGACAUGAGGAAAUCCCAGAUGACCCCCAACGCCCACAUCUACAGCACCCUCAUCAACGCGGCCGUCAAGAAGCUGGACUACGCCUAUCUCAUCGACAUCCUGAAGGACAUGAGGCGGAACAGGGUCCCGGUGAAUGAAGCGGUCAUCCGCCAGCUGGAGUUCGCAGCCCAGUACCCACCCACCUUCGACCGGUACAAAGGGAGAAACACCUACCUGGAGAAGAUUGAUGGCUUCCGAGCUUAUUAUAAGCAGUGGCUGAAAAUGAUGCCAGCAGAGGAAACCCCCCACCCGUGGCAGAAGUUCCGGACCAAACCAAAGGGAGACCAGGACACCGUCACUGUGGCCGAUGUGGACAGAGGCCCUGGGGGAGCAAGACUCUGGUCUAAGGAAACAAGAUCUGAUGGUGAAACCCAGCUAAAUCUGAAGCAGGCUCUGUUCCGGCCACAGGUCUGGGGCGGCAGCCCCGGCGAGACAUCACCACGGAACCCCGGGGCUCUCGCAGGAGCAGGGCUUCUGCUGCUCUGCUACCCCUCCUGCCCCCGCCGGAGGCCAGCACCAGAGCCGCCCCUCAGGAGGCAGCCCAUGCUCGCUCUCCACUGCUCCCAUGCCCGUCCUUGAGCUUCCAGAUGGUUCAGGGGGACAGAGCUGCCUGCUGAGCUAAAGCCCUUGGCCCAGAGCCGAAGCCCUACAAGCUGUAACUAGUGCUGCAGCGUGAAGGGACCUUGUGACGAGGGACUGUGUGAAAGAAGACAUCUGGCCUGACCUCCCAGCGGGGCCCACGGCGGUCAGCCGAGGGGCCGCGCUCAAAGGCCACUAACGGCCAACAGCCCAGCAACCCUUCCCUGCCUCCUGCGGCUCCACUUCAGAGGCGUCUGUGCGUGGAGCUGAGCUACUGCACCCCCAGCCGUGUUCCCCAGCCGCCCAGGAAGUGCUGGCAGGAGACGCGGUGAUGCUAACAUUGAAGUGUCACUGGGAGGAAAAGGAGGCCUGGAAAAAAGGGCGGCUGAAGGGCAAGCACUGGAGGGAAAGGGACAAGCUCCUGCCGACUGGCCCACCCUCCCGGCCACCCUGGGGGUGGGUAUCAUCACCCCCAUUUGGUUAAGUGAGGAAAGGAGCCCAAUAACUUGCCCAAAGGAGGAGGUGGGACUGGCCCCCAGAUGCAAGAUCAUUACUGCCAAACUCCCUGGCAUGGAUUCCUGACCAGAGGGUCUCUCUCCUGGCGGGAUGGCCAACCACAAAACAACAACAUAAAACCCCUUGUGGUCAACUAGGGCAGAAUCCUGACAGUAACAUCACACCCAGUCAGACAUGACGGGGGUGGAGA